AAGAGUCUUCUUGUUCAAUGAAGUUUGCAUGAUUCAAUUUUUUUUUAUUCAUCAUUACAUUUGCAAUUUUGGAUGUGACAAUUUGAUUGUGAAAGCAAUUCCCUUGUGGUAAGGUCAAAGCAGGCAAUGCAUAUCACAGCUGCUGCGUGGUUGUAAAGAAUAUGCAAAGAUGUGUUUAUGCUAUUCCGAACAGUUCUGUGUUUCAAGGCAAUGCUAUAGCGGAGAUUGAAAGAAACACCAAGGAUUCCCAAGAUUCAGCAACAGCUUUUAGAACAACUCUACAAGGAAUGGCAUCAGAUUUAAAGAGUGAAAUAGCAAAAAGAUUAUUGGAUCUCAACAUAUCAACUUUUAGCAUGACACCGGUCAAGAGAAGCUAUGCGUUUGAGCGGUCUGAUAUACCUAUUGGAGAGCAGUACGUCCUCAAGGUCAACUAUCCAUUUAAGGAUCCACCACUUCCUGCAGAUCUUUAAAGGAAACAUUUCC